CGCCCCGCUGUCUCUACGCGGAGGCGGAGUGCCGGGGGCUGGGCGCUGCGCGCUGAUCCCACCCCUCGCUCUCCCAGUUACCAAGCGCCGCUGCCUGGUGCAGCUGGUUCCGCAGCUCGCUCGCUCGCUGUCGGGGGAGCAGCGGUGCCGGGGCAGCUGCAGGGGUGCGCGGGCGGCGGACCCAGCGCUGCUGCCGCCGCCAGAGAAGCGGAGCCGGGCGCUGCCCCGAGCUGCGAGAGCGCUCCCCGGGACCGGGGCACUGCGCGCCGCGGAGCCCUGCGGGUCUCCGCCCAGAGGAGCCGCUGCCUGGCCCGGGCGGCGGCGGCGGCGAUGCCCGCUCGCUGAUCCCCGAGCCGGCGGGCAAGGCUCCCCCCUGCCCCGGCGCGGCUCUCCGGUGAUGCCCCAGCAGCUCCCCGCGGCGGCCCCAGCAGCUCGGUGAGGAGCCCGGGGCCCCACCUCCCGGAGGGCAGCGGCACAGCUAUUGUCUGGAGUUUUUACUACCGGAGUCCAUGGCGUAUACAUUAAGCCCCUCCCCUGCUGGGCCUAUCGGGACCCAGUACUGUGUUUGCAAAGUCGAAUUAUCCGUGUGCGGCCAAAACCUUCUGGACAGGGAUGUGACCUCCAAAUCUGACCCGUUUUGUGUCUUAUUCAUAGAAGUCAAUGGCAAAUGGACAGAGAUCGACAGGACCGAGACGGCCGUGAAUAACCUCAACCCAGCCUUCUCCAAGAAGUUCAUCGUCGAUUACCACUUUGAAGAAGUGCAGAAGCUGAAGUUUGCUCUCUUUGACCAGGACAAGUCGAGCAUGCAGCUGUAUGAGCAUGACUUCCUGGGAGAAUUCUCCUGCACCCUGGGCACGAUUGUCUCAAGCAAGAAGAUAACAAGAACGCUACUUCUGGGAAAUGGGAAGCCGGCUGGAAAGGGGAUGAUAACGAUAGCUGCCCAAGAGCUGUCAGAUAACAGAGUGAUCACUCUGAGCAUGGCUGGCAGAAAACUGGAUAAAAAGGACCUGUUUGGAAAGUCAGAUCCAUUUCUAGAGUUUUAUAAACCAGGCGACGAUGGGAAAUGGAUGCUGGUCCACAGAACGGAGGUGAUUAAGUACACGUUGGAUCCCGUGUGGAAGCCGUUCACUGUGCCUUUAGUGUCGCUGUGUGAUGGAGAUGUAGAAAAGCUGAUCAAGGUCAUGUGUUACGAUUACGACAGUGACGGGGGACACGACUUCAUUGGGGAGUUCGAGACCACUGUAGCCAAGAUGUGUGAAGCCCAAGAUACCUUGCCGCUAGAAUUAGAAUGCAUUAACCCCAAAAAACAAAAGAAGAAAAAGAAUUACAAGAACUCCGGCGUCAUCCUUGUGAAAUCCUGCAAAAUAACCAGGGAUUACUCCUUCCUGGACUACAUCCUUGGGGGCUGCCAGUUAAUGUUUACUGUCGGAAUUGAUUUCACAGCAUCCAAUGGGAAUCCGCGGGACCCCUCCUCGUUGCACUAUAUCAAUCCCAUGGGAACAAACGAAUACUUGUCAGCUAUUUGGGCAGUCGGACAGAUCAUUCAGGACUAUGACUCAGACAAAAUGUUUCCUGCUCUGGGAUUUGGUGCCCAGUUACCGCCAGACUGGAAGCAAUACUUCAUCCUCCUGAUCAUCACGGACGGCGUCAUCAGCGACAUGGACGAGACGAGACACGCCGUGGUGCAGGCCUCCAAGCUGCCCAUGUCCAUCAUCAUCGUGGGGGUGGGCAACGCGGACUUUGCAGCCAUGGAGUUCCUGGAUGGGGAUAACCGCGUGCUCCGGUCGUACACCGGCGAGGAAGCCAUGCGGGACAUUGUGCAGUUUGUUCCCUUCCGCGAGUUCCGCAGCGCACCUAAAGAAACUUUGGCCAAAGCGGUGUUGGCAGAACUCCCCCAGCAAGUCGUUCAGUAUUUCAAGCAUCAAAAUCUGCCUCCCCUCAGCUCGGAGCCAGCGUAGCGCUGGGAGCCUCGGUGUUGUCUGCAUGUUGCCGGUUUCCGGAGGGUGCAUGUUUCACAUGCUUUUAAACCUUUGUACUCUUUUAAUUUAAUUAGUUUAUUUUAUUAAAAACUUUCCAACCCGGAGAAGCAGCUGCAUUGGCGUCGUACGUUCCCGGGCCAGGGUAACAGUCAUGGGCAGAACGGAGACCUCUCCUGCCUCCCUCCAGUCACUUUUAAGUAUUGAAGGUACUUUGUAUAAUUUCAGUGGAAUGGGUUGAAAAUUUUUACAGAUCAGAACUUGCUUUUUUUCCAAACAACGAAAUGCUUAAUAUAUUACCGCCCAUUCCUGUGUAUAGAUCAUGUAUCUGUGCUGUACCCAUAACCCUCUCAUGCUCUAUGGUCAUUUUUAUACUGUGUACAUGUUAUAUUUGUUAUACUCAGGUUAAUAAAGAAACUCAGAUAUUUAAAA